AUGUACUCAGUCGUCAGUACAAAUUUGUCCGCAAGGAGCUCUUUGGCAAGAAAAUUGCCAUCUCUUACUCCUGGGCAGGUUCUUCGAGGCGUCCGUUGGAACUACCGCAUUCUAGAGCAUAUCAAAGGAGAUAACACGCACAUUUCCAACAUUUUUAAGGCCCAGGUUGUUCCACGGAACACUCGUGUCGCCACCAAAGUCCCCAAAGUCCCCCAAUGGCUAACUCUGCCACCUAGGGCUUUGAUCAAAGUAGCGUGGCCUAAUGACGAAAAUACCACCAAGUGCUUGCAACGUGAAGUUCUGACAUAUCGCCUUCCUGGUGUCGCCUCGGCGGAGUGCUUCCGGAAAUUGUAUGAUAUUAUCGACGAUAGCACUAUCGCUUUAGAAUGGUUGGAUACUACUCUCGCAGAGGUGAAAUACCAUCCUGACAUGAAAAUCUACUCCCUUAUCAAAUCUGUUUUAAGAGCAGCGUUCACAAGCUGUGUCGUUCUAGAGGACCACAAACACGUGAAUACAGACUUUAAACCUGCCAAUAUCCUGCUUUCUAAUAUCCAGACAGACCGUGUUAUCGCUAAAGUGGGAGACUUAGGACUCGUUGUCCCAGUCGGCGAACUCUUUCAUGCCCAACCAUAUGCUAUGCGCGCCCCUGAAGUCUUCCUAGGCAAAGUGUGCACUGAGCUAUCGCAGGUCUGGGCUAUUGGCGCGAUGCUACUUUGCUGGAUCAAACCUGGUGUAUUAGGCGCAUGGGGCUGCCCUUUUCCUUUGAUUAACGAAGCUUGGUCUAUGGCAAAGAUACAGCGGGUCUUUCCCCACUGGGAGAUUCCAAGUCCUGAGAUGAUAGAGGACGUUAUCCUUAAAACUGUAGUAAAUUCUGCUCGAUCUUUUAGUCAAGAGGUACCAGAACUACAAGCGAUCUUACCUUUUGACAAGGAGACGAAAACGGUGGAGAUACCGCAGGAGUUAACAGAUCUUCUUCGGUUCAUCCUGGUACCUGAUCUGAAAACAAGACCGUCCGCCUCAUCUGUGCUUGCAUCGAGGGAAUUUCAAAGGUUCGAAGAUUAUGUGAGCGUAUAA